AUGGCCAACGACGUCCUUCCGGCAUCUUCUUCCAUAGACCACGAACGCGCGCGCACCUCGUCGCAGCCAUCCGCGUUUUGGUUUGACGAUGGUUCCAUCAUCAUUGCAGUUGCAAGGGAACGCUUCAGACUUCACAAAUCCCUCUUAAGCAGGCACUCCUCUAUCUUUGAGUCGCUGCCUGUCUCGCAAAGCACAAGAGCCGAAACUAGAGACCCGCCAACGGUCGAGAUAUCAGAAGGCUUGGCGACCCCAAGAGACUUUACAGCUUUGCUGGAGCACCUGUAUCACGAUGUACCAAUAGACUCUGCUCCACUAUCCGCGGUAUCAUCUUUGCUACGCGUAACAUCUGACAAGUCCCUCAGAUUCCCCACUAUCCACAUCCUCGCCCGUGAACGGUUUCGCAUGCUCCUAGAACCGGAACCAGGGAUCGUGAACUUCAUCACGCCAGAAAAUCCAGAAGAGGCAUUGGGCCUUGCAGUGGAACACGACAUCCCAUCGGUACGAAAGGCACUAUACUACAGCGUCGCUACGACUUCUCAUUUUGAGCCCGACUCGACGCAUCCGUCGCUUCCAAGAUCGGUCACGGACCGCUGUGCAGUGCUGCAGGAGCAUCUCAUCACCCAUUUCACACCCAUCCUCUUUACGGUUGCGACAGCGGGACACAUGACAUGCACGGACGUAUUUGCGGAAGCGUGGAUGCCAGAUGUAAUCUCGCCGGCCUUGAUGGACAAUGGGCUCUGUCGCCCUAUCGAGACUCUGAGGAAGAUACAAGCGGUGCGCUGGGAGGACAGAGGCGUGUGCAAGGAAUGCUGUGCGGCGAAGCGCGAGGAGUGGGACGAAGAGAUCCGGAAUGUGUGGGAGAAGGUCGACGAAUGGGUGGGAAUUUGAAUAGAACUAAGGUGUGU